AUUUGGAAGGCUAAAGAAUGCUUGAAUAUCUUUCCAACUAGCAGAAAUGUGAGGGCGGAGGCUGAUAUUAUUGAUGCUGUAACUGUUAGACUUCCCAACCUUGGUGUCACCUUGUUACCAAUGCAAUUCAGGCAAAUUAAAGAUCCAAUGGAAAUAGUUAAGUUGGUUGUUACAAGUCAAGUUGGAGCUUAUCUGAAUGUUGAUGAGAUUAUUGAACUAGCGAAACUUCUUGGGUUGAGCUCGCACGACGACAUAUCAGCUGUACAAGAAGCUAUUGCAAGAGAAGCUGCAGUGGUUGGAGAUCUCCAACUGGCUUUUGAUCUAUGUCUUGUUUUGGCCAAAAAGGGGUAUCGUUCAGUCUGGGACUUAUGUGCAGCACUGGCAAGAGGUCCUGCUCUUGAGAACAUGGAUAUUGCUUCCAGAAAACAGCUAUUAGGUUUUGCUUUGAGCCACUGUGAUGGGGAAUCAAUUGCCGAGUUACUGCAUGCAUGGAAAGAUCUGGAUAUGCAAGAUCAGUGUGAAUCUUUAAUGGUGUUGACUGGGACAGAGCCUGAAAAUGCCCUAGUUCAUGACUCAACUAUCUCCUAUCAACCUCCUUGUACCCGAGAUAAAAAAGACUUGAAGGAUUGUUCUGAUCAGGAAGCACAACUUAAGCAGAUUGAAAAUGUACUCUUUCAGGUAGCCAAAGAUGUUCAGGCGGAUGUUGAUUGGACCAUUCCGUCCAUCUUGAGAGAAAAUGGAAAACUUUUGUCAUUUGCUGCUGUGUAUCUUCCAUGGUUACUUGAACUUAGUCAAGAAGCAGAAGGCAAUAAGAAAUUUACAUCGAGCUCAUUUUCAGGGCAUCGAUAUGUCAGUCUAAGAACACAGGCAGUGAUGACUAUCUUGUCCUGGUUGGCAAGGAAUGGUUUCGCCCCGAAAGACAGUUUGAUUGCCUGUGUUGCCAAGUCCAUUAUGGAGUCACCUGUCUCUGAGGAGGAAGACAUCAUAGGAUGCUCUUUCUUAUUAAAUCUUGCCGAUGCCUUUUCAGGGGUGGAGAUAAUUGAAAGUAACUUGAGAACAAGAGAUAAUUACAAUGAAAUAACCAGCAUAAUGAAUGUUGGGAUGAUCUACAGUUUGUUGCAUAAUUGUGGAAUCAAGUGUGAGGACCCUGCACAAAGGAGGGACCUGCUUCUGACGAAGUUCCAGCAGAAACAUAAACUGAUUUGCUCAGAUGAAAAAGAACAAGUAGACCAAGCACAAUCUACAUUUUGGAGAGAAUGGAAACUGAAGCUAGAAGAGCAAAAACGCAUUGCAGAGCGCUCAAGGAGUUUAGAACAAAUUCUCCCUGGUGUUGAAACUGCUCGCUUCUUAUCUGGGGACAUGGACUACAGAGAGAGUGUCGUUUUCUCAUUUGUCGAGUCAAUGACCCCUGAGAAGAAACUCAGUGUGAAAAAUGUAUUGAAGUUGGCCAAUACUUACAGUUUGGAUUGCAACAAGGUGCUGCUGCAUUAUCUGCGGUCUAUCUUUGUUUCUGAUGCUUGGAGCAACGAUGAUGUUAGAAAUGAAGUGUCAAAUCACAGAGAACAUCUACUAGCUUGUGCUGCAGAAACAAUAAAAUUUAUUUCCUCGUCGAUAUACGCUGCAGUUGAUGGACAUGAUAAGCAGAGGCUUUCUCUAAUAUAUGGCUUACUCUCUGACUGCUACUUGCAGCAAGAUGAACAAAAGUAUCCAAUGCAUCCUCAUUCUGCUCAUAUUGCUCGUUUUUCCAAGACUGUUGAAGAAGAAUGUUGCAGGGUGUCCUUUAUUGAGGAUCUGAAUUUCAAAAAUAUUGCUGGAAUUCAAGAUUUGAACUUGGAUUGUUUCAACAGUGAAGUUUCUGCUCACAUCAAUGAAAACAAUGUUGAGGCAUUGGCAAAGAUGGUCAAGAACCUUGUUUCUGUUCUUGAUGGUCCAGUGCCUGAUGGUCUCUUGUCUUGGCAGUAUGUAUAUAAACAUCAUGUUUUAAGUUUGUUGACAGAGUUGGAAGCUAGAGCUAAACCAGAGGUCGAUUUUCAAAGCUCUGAAAGUCUUCAUGGCUUAAUCAGUGAGAUCGAGCAGACGUACAAUAGCUGCUGCAAAUACUUAAAAUUUGUCCCAAAUCCUGCUCGUUUAGACAUUGUGAAACGAUUCUUGUCCAUCAUACUACCUGCUGACGGAUCUUUCAAGUCUUUUCCCUGUGGCUCAGGUUGGCGGGUGGGCCUUGCCAUGCUUGUGGAUACUUGGAUCAGAAUGAUGAAUGACAUGCAUGAAGUUGCACUCCUUGAGAAUUCGGAAGAAAGAUUCUGCUUAGAAUGUAUAAUGAAAUGCCUUAAAGUUUUUGCACGUCUAGUUGCUGGGGAAAAAGUUUCAUCUAGUCAGGGGUGGGCUACGGUUUUUGGUUAUGUAGGCUAUGUUCUUGUUGGUGAUGCUGCUGCUGAAAUCUUCAAUUUCUGUAGAGCGAUGGUUUGCUCUGGUUGUUGCUUUCGAGCGGUUGCAGAUAUAUAUGAUGAAGUCAUGGCUCAUUUCCAGCGUGAAGCUGGAUCGGUGGCGGACUUUAAAAAAGAAGCUUUCAGCAUCCAGAAUCUUCGAGAUCUCUACCUUAGUAUAUUGAAGACCAUCUUGCAGGAGUUGACUGACGAAUCCCGUGAGCAUCAGUGUCUACACUAUUACUUGUCAUCUUUGAGCAAAUUAGCUGGUGACUUGGAUCAUCUGCAGAGUGUCAGGCAGGCAGUUUGGGAGAGAUUGGAAGAGUUCUCUGAAAACUUUCGGCUCCCCAACCAUGUUAGAGUUUACAUACUAGAGCUUAUGCAACUUAUUGCAGCUUCUGAUAAAAACAGCAAAGGAUUUUCUUUAAAGCUGAAGGUGGAAGUUCGCUCUUGGGAAGGUUGGGAGAAUACGCAUAAUGCAACUGCAAACUGCGAAAACGCUGCAGCUGAUGGGAUUUCAAAUAAGGUGGAUGCAUCUAAUAAGUUCACAAAUACUUUGAUUGCUCUGAAAUCUACACAGCUGGUCUCCACUAUCUCGCCCAGCAUAGAGAUUACACCAGAAGAUCUUUCGACUGUGGAAUCUACUGUCUCUUGCUUCCUUGGAGUAUCUAAAUUUGCUGAAUCUGAAUCCCAUAUUGAAACGUUAUUAGUUAUCCUCGUAGAAUGGGACGGUCACUUUACUAGGGGAGAAAUUGAAAUGGAUUCUGGUGAGGUAUCUGAUGGUGGAAACGGUUGGGGUAAUGAUGAUUGGGAUGAGGGAUGGGAAAGCUUCCAAGAACCUAUUGAAGAAGAACCAAAGAAGAGUGCUAAACUUUCAGUUCAUCCUCUUCAUAUCUGUUGGAUGGAGAUCUUCAGAAAACUACUAACUAUAUCCCAGUACAACAAAAUGUUGAAAUUGUUGGACAAAUCAGUGGCAAACCCAGGCGAAGUAUUACUAGAUGAAGAGAAUGCUCGAACUUUGAGCCAGAUUACACUUGAAAUAGAUUGCUUUCUAGCCCUUAAGUUGAUGCUCUUGUUGCCAUAUGAAGCCGUCCAGUUGCAGUGCUUGGAUUCUGUGGAGCAGAAGCUGAAACAAGAAGGCAUAUCUGACAAACUCGGCGUGGAUCUUGAGUUUUUACUUGUCGUUUUAUCUUCUGGAAUUAUAUCAACUAUCAUCACCAAACCUUCAUUUGGUACCGCGUUCUCUUAUAUUUGCUAUACGGUGGGGAACUUCUCUCGACAGUGCCAAGAGUCCCAGUUAUCAAGUUCAGGACGUGGUGGAUCUGUAGAAAGUGAGAAUAUUUCGAAAGGUCAUGUUGAUCUUUUCACAAGAGUGAUCUUUCCCUGUUUUGUCUCGGAGCUUGUGGGGUCAGGGCAGCAGAUUUUAGCAGGAUUUCUUGUUACCAAGCUCAUGCACACAAGCCCUUCUCUUAGCUUAAUUAACAUAGCAGGUGCUUGUCUCACAAAGUAUUUGGAAAGGCAAAUUCAAAUACUACAGGACAGCAACCUGUCCUUUAGGGACGGGGUGGGAUUGUCUGAACCAUUGUUAAAUACGAUAUCCAGUUUGAGGGACCGGAUGGGGAACCUGAUACAAUCCUCACUAUCCGCACUUUCACAUGAUCAUAGAUGAUUCUUACAUUUGAGUUUUCUCUUUUAUUUUUGUUCAUAGGCCAGUCAUUGUUCUUUGACAUCUUUGUACCAACUUCGUAGCCAAAACAUUGUAGCAAUUUUGCUGGAGCGUAAAUGGUGAUAUAUUCAAAAGGAAAUGAUAUUUGU